CGGAUAAUCAGAACACCAUGUUUGGAGCCUUCAGACCUACGAAUUCGCUGUCGGUGGGACUUCUUUGGAAGAUCCCAUGGAGACUGUCCAAGUUCCAGAAGGCACGACAACGCAAGCGCCUCCGCGCAGUCGACACAGUGGUCUCGAUUGUUGACCAGGCACUGGCCAAGAAGGGAAUGGAGAUCAAGCCAGUUGAGAGGUGGAAGGCCGAGAUGCCAAAGGAGCAGGAGAUGGUGCCGAGGGACAAAUAUACCAUUUUCGAUCGCAAGGAGAAGAAGUACCGGAAGGCUAUCCACAAAUUACCCAAGUGGACGAGAGUUUCUCAGCGUGUCAACCCCCCUGGAUACUAGAGCUUCGAUGGGAUGGAGUGGGCUGUACUAUAUUAAGGCUGUGAUAUUACAAUGCAUGGCAGGCGUUUCUGGGAGAUUGAUGUACGAUGGAGAUAAAUAUGUAUACCGCAGGAUGAAUGUAUCAGAGUCA